AGCACCAUCCGACACCCAUCCAUCCCCAUCACGCUCAGCGCAGAAAUGCUGCGGAAAGGAUGCCUCCACCUGUGGAAUUAGAAUGAUGCCUCCACCUGCUGAAUUAGCGCAUGCGGGGUAGGCACACACCAUCCCUCCGUCGCGACAUGCCGACGAUGCCGUCGACGCUGAGCCUCCCACAUGGAAGCGCAUUCUUCCAGGAUCUGCGCCGGCGACUGACCCCGGCAAAGGCAAUGCUGGACUAUUCAGCGUUGGCGCAUUGUCAUCAAAAAUAGUUAUAAUGACCUACAUCCCCUCCAUCUACGAAAUCACUUCUGUAUACUUCUAAUACCCUUUACUGCUCUCUAGGCGCUCCACGUCUCCUCUGCUUGCCUGCACUACAUCAUCAUCCAAACUCACAAUGGCCUCCCAGCACAACCACCCCAACCCUCACGACGAGCCCACGGUUCCUCCCCCGAGCCGCUUCGAUCCUCACUUCACCCAGCAUGUGAUCGACACCAUGGGCGAGAACGUGGCGCCUCGCACCCGCCAGGUCCUCGGCAGCCUCAUCAAGCAUCUCCACAACUUUGCCCGCGAAGUCGAGCUCUCCAACGACGAGUGGAUGACGGGCGUCCACUUCAUCAACGCCGUCGGCCAGUGCUCGACCGCAACACGCAACGAGGCGCACCGCGUGUCCGACGUGCUGGGCCUGGAGAGUCUCGUGGACGAGAUUGCCAACAAGAUCGUGGCCGAGGGUGACAUUGACCCGACGUCCUCCUCCAUCCUGGGGCCCUUCUGGUCGCCCGACGCGCCCUUCCGCGAGAACGGGGCCUCUAUCAUCCAGAACCCCUGCGAGGGUGGCCGCGUCGCCCUCAUGCACGGCACCAUCACCAACCUGCUGACCGGCGAGCCCAUCCCCAACGCCGUCUUUGACAUCUGGCAAGCCAGCGCCAACGGCAAGUAUGACUUCCAGGACCCGGACAACCAGUCCCCCAACAACCUCCGCGGCAAAUUCCGCGCCGACGAGAACGGCAAGUACUGGUUCUACUGCUACCACCCCACGGCCUACUCGCUGCCCACCGACGGCCCCUCGUACCAGCUGCUCCGCCUCAUGGACCGCCAUCCCAUGCGGCCAGCGCACAUCCACAUCAUGGUGACACACCCCGACUUCAAGGGCUGCACGACACAGCUGUAUCCCAAGGACGACCCCUGGCUGUCGACGGACACGGUGUUUGCGGUCAAGGACGACCUCGUCGUGGAUUUCAAGCCAAAGGAGGGUGACGCCAAGGCGACGCUCGAUCUCGAGUACAAUGUGAUUCUGGCGCCCAAGGGUUACAAGGGGAAGCAGUUUGGCAAUGACGCAAAAUUAUAAGCCCAGAAAAUAGAUGAGAAAAAUAAAGUGUAACGUUUAGCAGAGUACACCUCUUCCUGUCUUGUUGUGCUUCGCUGUGUCGCUGGUUUCCGCAACAAUGACCUCGCACUGCAUCUCCCGAGGCUACCUCACGGUACAUCGUCAACAAUGACUGAGAUACAGACCGCCAGAGCACAUGGCAACCGGAUGCAUCUUGCAAAUACCAAGACUAUUAUUAACGAGAACGU